UACGACUACCUCUUCAAGCUCCUCCUCAUCGGAGACUCCGGUGUUGGAAAGUCUUGCUUGCUGCUCCGAUUCGCCGAUGAUACCUACACCGAGAGCUACAUCUCUACCAUCGGUGUUGACUUUAAAAUUCGCACUAUCGAGCUCGAUGGCAAGACCGUGAAGCUUCAGAUCUGGGAUACCGCCGGUCAAGAACGUUUCCGCACCAUCACCUCCUCCUACUACCGUGGUGCCCACGGUAUCUGCGUUGUUUACGAUGUCACUGAUAUGGACUCGUUCAACAACGUGAAGCAGUGGCUCCAGGAGAUUGACCGCUACGCCACUGAGGGUGUCAACAAGCUGCUUGUUGGUAACAAGAGCGAUAUGGAGGACAAGAAGGUUGUUGAGUAUACCGUGGCGAAGGAGUUCGCCGACAGCCUUGGAAUUCCAUUCCUGGAGACCUCUGCCAAGAACGCCUCCAACGUCGAGCAGGCUUUUUUGACGAUGGCGCGUCAGAUCAAGGAGCGCAUGGGAACAGCGACCGUCAACAAUAAGCCCACCGUGCAGGUUGGCCAAGGUCAGGGCGUCCAGUCUGGAUCCGCAGGCGGCUGCUGCUAG